AUGGGUUUCCGCUUUCCUGGUUUGCUUCACACAAAGGAGAUUCUUCGCCACUCUCUUUCAGGAGGGAGGAACCAAUCGCUUUGGUCAACAACAGCCAAUGUUCCCAAGGGUCAUUUGGCAGUUUAUGUAGGAGAAGCAGAAAAGAGGAGGUUUGUUAUUCCAGUAUCCUACUUGAAUCAUCCUUCAUUCCAAGAAUUAUUAGGUCAGGCCGAGGAAGAGUUUGGGUUUGAUCAUCCGAUGGGUGGCCUAACGAUUCCUUGCAAAGAAGACACUUUCAUCCACCUUUUGAAUGGAUUGUUAGAGGAGUAA